AUGAAAGGGCAAACAGUCGACCAGCUCGUCUACGAGUGCAUGUUUCCUCGUCCCAAGAGCAACGAUCCACAAAACUUCCACAUGCUCCUACAGCGUAACUUAAUUCCAGAGGUUCGUCAGGAAACACACGCCUUUUACGGCCACCUCGACACCCAGGAAGCGAAAUACCCUGGUCUCGACUACACCCACAAAACUCAUCGUAUUCGUCUUUCUCGUUGGCCAUGGCACCGACGCCUCUUUCGCGCAUUCGACAACAUUCAACUUACUGCCUCCGAAAUCGCGGGCUUGACCAAGUGGGAGGGAACAAAAUGGGCCAAGGAAAAGUACGAGAAGGAGCAGGGCUACGUUAUUCAUGACACCACCGCCGAUGGCUUCCCCGACUGGACCGAUAUCCAACAUUUACCUCGCGCCUCCCGCAGCCAUUCCGCCGAGGUUGGCUACAUGGGGCUUGAUGAUCUGGACAACGACAUGGAAGUCGAGAGUGAGGACGAGCUGGACAGCGUGGGUGUUGAAUUAAACGAGCGUCUCAGAGACGGAGUUGCAAGACGCGAGGCUGGUGAUACUUCAGCCGUCCUCGACGAGGAAUGGGAACAGUGGCUCAAGAACGCCAUCGAAUCAGGCGAAAUCAGGUUUCUGAACGACCAUGUCUUCCACGCGAGUGACACAGUUCCUGCUGCGCUCUUCCCCCCAGGCUUGCUCAGCACAGCGCGAGCCGGCCAAUGGGACGAGAUCCCAGAGUCUCUUCACCGCAUACUCCGCCGCACUCUACAAUCCGAGGACCCUAACCGCCCCCAACAAAUACCGGCGAGCACACGUUCUCAAACUUCCGUACCUAUACUGCACAACCGAUACUCGAUGGAUACCCGCCAGUGGAGCAGCUCAUGGACCCGCCGCACCUUUUCAGAUCUCCGUCUGCCGGUCGGCGAUUCUGGUCCAGGGCGCACAGAAACCUCGAAUGCUUGA